AUGAGCAUGCCAGUAGUUCAGUCAGUUCGGCCCAGUGGCCCAUUCCGUACCUCCUCGGGCAUUUUAGGAGCGGACUACGACUAUACAUCAACAGCCCUUGGCGCGUUCGCCGGCGCAAGAACUGUCAAUCGGACUUGCCACAUUCUGGCUGUAUGA